AUGGCUGAAACGCUCUUCAAGAAUGCUCAAUAUGGCCAUUAUGGAACGUCUUUAUCCGACCAUGGAUUUCAUUGCGCAAUUGAAGAUGGGGAAGAGUUUUUGCAUGGAUUCGAUCGGCAAGGUCGGCCGGUCAACUACGUGCGCGUGAAGAUUCAUAAGCCCGGUGCUCAAAGUGAAGAGGCUCUAGAAAGAUACAUUAUUCAUGUCAUUGAGAUGAACAGGCUGAUUGUGGUUCCGCCGGAAUACCAACCGGUCAAGUUCAUCAUAAGAUGCUUCGAAGCAAAUUACCCUGAGUCACUGGGCCAGCCAUUGAUUCAUAACGCACCUUGGAUCUUCUCCGGGAUUUGGAAACUGAUUCAUGGCUGGAUGGACCCUGUCGUAGCCUCCAAAGUACACUUCACCCGCUCAGUCUCCGAUCUAGACAAAUACAUCUCCCGCGACCAGAUCCCGCAAGAGCUUGCUGGUGACGAAGACUGGAAAUAUACCUACAUCGAGCCAUUAGCUGACGAAAACGCCGUGAUGAAAGAUACCGUGACUCGUGACUCUCUUAUGUAUGAGCGUAUGAUGAUUGGGUUGCGCAUGCUCGCUGCCACAGCGGCUUGGGUCUCGGCGACUACGUUUAGUGAAGGGACAGAGGAUAAAGCGAAGGUGGAGGAAUUGAGGAUGCGCAGGAAUGCGGUCAUUGAAGAGUUCAAGAGUAAUUAUUGGAAAUUGGAUCCUUAUAUCCGGGCCAGGGCUAUUACUGAUCGGGAGGGCGUUUUAAAGCCAGGUGGGGAGGUUGUGAAGGGGCAGAAUGGACGUGCCAAGUGA